CGUCUGUGCUUGGACGAGUGUUUGUGUGAGUGACCAUGUGAGCGUGCAUGUGCUACUUUGACAAGCCGAGAGGUAGUGAAGGAGAAGGAGAGAGAACAAGGGGAGAGGAGACGAGGAGGAGGGGGACUGGAUAUGGCCAUGUGGAUGAUGUUUUGGCACUGGGACUGUAGCUGACCUACGGAAGUGUGUUUGUGACGGCGAGUGUGUCUGUGUGUGUGUGAGAUGGGAUCCGCUCUGGGCAGAAGACAAGCUGCCCAGAGAAGAGAAAGGAAAACUAAAGAAGCCAGGAAGGCCAGACUCAAUAGUAAGGCAAACCUGAAGAAGUUCAUGGAGUAUGUGCAGCAGAGGAACACUGAAAAAGUCUCAAGGUUCCUGGAAAAAGGCCUGGACCCCAACUUCCAUGAUCCAGACACUGGAGAAUGUCCUCUGACGCUGGCAGCACAGCUGGAAGGAUGUGCAGAGCUCAUCAAGGUGCUGAAGAGUGGAGGGGCGCAUCUGGACUUCAGAACAAAAGAUGGCAUUACCGCCCUACACAAGGCCGUGCGCAGCAAAAACCACACAGCGCUUAUAACGCUGUUGGACUUGGGUGCAUCACCUGACUAUAAAGACAGUAGGGGGUUGACUCCUCUCUACCACAGCUCAAUGGUAGGAGGAGACCCCUACUGCUGUGAGCUGCUGCUGCAUGAUCAUGCACAGGUCGGCUGUGUGGAUGAGAAUGGCUGGCAGGAGAUACACCAGGCCUGCCGCUAUGGCCACGUGCAGCACCUGGAACACCUGCUGUUCUACGGAGCUGAAAUGAGCGCCCAGAAUGCAUCUGGAAACACCGCCCUGCAUGUGUGUGCUCUCUACAACCAGGAUAGCUGUGCACGAGUUCUCCUGUUCCGGGGGGCCAAUAAAGAGAUCAAGAACUACAACAGCCAGACCGCCUUUCAGGUGGCUAUUAUAGCAGGAAACUUUGAUCUGGCUGAAAUCAUAAAGGUCCACAAAGCAUCAGAUGUUGUGCCUUUCAGGGAGACCCCUUCCUACACAAACCGUCGACGUGUGACGCCAGGCACCCUGCCCUCGCCACGGUCCUUGCUCCGCUCUGCGAGUGACAACAACCUGAAUGGCGACCACGAUCACAUCCACGUUCAGGCCCCCAGAGAAAUUCGUGGCCGUCAGGGUCACUCCCCUGUCCCCUCACUGCGCAGUCUGCCAGCUCUUGGGCAGCAGCACAGCAGCCUCGGAGAGAGUCGUCAUGGAGAGAUCCCUGACAGCAGUCUCCAGAGUACAGGCAGCUCCAGAUCCUCCCAUUCCCGCUCGCCUUCGCUACAUCACAUGCAUGAAGACGACAAGCCAGUUCCCAGAAGGUCCCACAGCCAUGGCUACCCUCAUGGACACGGCCAUCGCGGAAGACUCAGCCCUGGCUCAGUGCAGCGAGACCCAAGCCCCCCUCAUCACACGCCCCCAGCACUGACGGGCCCCCGCGGGCCCAAACGGAAACUCUACAGUGCUGUCCCAGGACGUACUUUCAUCGUGGUCAAGCCCUACACGCCACAGGGGGAGGGAGAGAUUCAACUCAACCGUGGAGAGAGAGUCAAAGUGGCGGAAGACUAUCUGGACUCAGAUGCUGACACCCCGUAUGAGGAAGACGAUGAAAAUUAUGCCAAUGACAAUGAUGAUGAUGAUGAUGAUGUACAUAAAGUGCUGAGUAUAGGGGAAGGAGGUUUCUGGGAAGGCACGGUCAAAGGGAGGACAGGCUGGUUCCCGGCAGACUAUGUGGAAGAAGUUCAGAUGAGGCAGUAUGACCCACGGCUAGAGACACGGGAGGACCGCACUAAGAGACUGUUCAGACACUACACUGUGGGAUCCUACGACAACUUCACCUCAUACAGUGACUAUAUCAUAGAGGAGAAGAAUGCUGUUUUACAGAAGAAAGAAAAUGAGGGGUUUGGCUUUGUCCUGCGGGGAGCCAAAGCUGAGACGCCCAUUGAAGAGUUCACCCCCACCCCAGCAUUCCCUGCCCUGCAGUACCUGGAGUCUGUGGACGUGGAGGGAGUGGCCUGGAGGGCCGGUCUGAGGACAGGAGACUUUCUCAUUGAGGUAAACGGGGUGAAUGUAGUGAAGGUGGGCCAUAAACAGGUGGUGUCCUUGAUCCGGCAAGGGGGCAACAGGCUGCUGAUGAAGGUGGUGUCUGUCACGCGCAAACCGGAGUCUGAGGAGGUCGUUCGCAAGAAAGCUCCCCCGCCACCCAAGAGAGCUCCCAGUACCACCCUGACACUACGCUCUAAGUCCAUGACCGCUGAGCUGGAAGAACUGGCUUCUGCUCGGAGGAGAAGAGGAGAGAGACUAGAUGAAAUGUUGGCGUCCCAGGAGUCUAUGUUGCGUUCUCAGCCCUCGGAGGCAGAUUACAGAGCAGCUACUGUCAAACAAAGGCCUACCAGCAGGAGAAUAACACCAGCAGAGAUCAGUUCACUGUUUGAGAGACAAGGAAUGACUCUACAUGGCGGUCUUCAUCCAGGCGUUGAGAGAGGUCACAUACCGCUACCAAAGGGGAUGUCCAGGACCAAGUCUUUUGGUGCCACUGAGGAGGAUCGGCUGUCUGCCCUUGCAGGCGAGAACAGAUUUCCACGCAGUUCCUCAAUGACAGACACCCUCCGAGACCACUCACAGCCCCAUCCCAUCCCUCCACCUCCACAAACGGCACCUCCACCUCCUCCCUACUACCUAGACACUGGUCCUCCCCCAGCGUUCUGUCCCCCUCCUCCCCCAUCUAGGACCCAGAGUCAGGGCCACGAGCCUGGAGGACGCUCCAGCUUCAAGCCCUCCUCCUUGGACCUGCCUUACGAGGCCGCACAGCGGCAGGCCACACACAUAGAGAGACAGAAGAAAGCCCGCUCCAUGAUCAUCCUCCAGGACUCUUCCCAUCUACCUGUAGAACCUACAGAAAUUCCCCGUCCUUCUGCUGCUACUCCACCUGAGCGAAUCAAAAGGAAGGGUCGGGUUAUUGACAACCCCUAUGCUAAUGUGGGUCAAUUUAGCAUUGGACUGUACACACCCACCAAACCCCAGAGGAAGAAAAGUCCCUUGGUGAAACAACUACAGGUGGAAGAUGCACAAGAAAAAGCUAGUAUAGCCUUAGCUGCUGCCCACUCCCGAGAGAGCUCACCCUCAGGACGACACCCACAUACCCAUGGACACACACAUACCAGCCGUGCAGACUACUACCAGCAGCAGCUGAUGGCUGAGCGAGAGCGUAUGCGUGCCCAGGGGGAGAUGAUGUUUCAGGGUAAGGGCCCCUUCGCCGCUGCAAUAGCUGGAGCAGUGAAAGAUCGUGAGCGUCGCCUUGAAGAACGGAGGAAAUCCACUGUCUUCCUUUCUGUUGGGACCAUGGAGGGGGCGUCUGCAACCAGCUCCGACUCCCCCUCUCUGACUCAGUCUCACUCCAUCGAUGAACGGAUGCUCACCCGAGAGCUGGGACAGCUGCCACCCCCUGCCUUGGCCCUGAGCCCCUCACCUAGUGGGACCACCUUUAUUCAUCCGCUCACAGGAAAGCCCCUGGACCCCAACUCUCCACUGGCUCUUGCGCUGGCCGCAAGGGAGAGAGCACUGACCUCCCAGAGCCAGUCCCCAACUGGCAGCCCAGAGCCUAGGACUAAACAGGAGCGGGCAGGCCAGAGCGUUAUGUUCAUUGACCCUCAGACCAAAGAGUCUCCACAUGGGGAAGGGGCUCCCUCAACUCCCCCUUUUUCGCCUAAAAGCGCCAAGGCAGUGGGGUAUGGAGUUGGAUCCUCCCCAACAUCUAUUUUAGUUCCCCAGCCCACCAAACCACAGUGGGCCACAUCACCAUCACCUGUAUCAUUCCGGCAGGAGAUGGAGGCCAGAGUAGAGGAGCGGAAGGAGGAGAAGAGACUAGAGGAUAAAAAAAGUAUGUUGAUCAGUAUUAUGGAUACGUCGCAACAGAAAACGGCAGGGCUUAUCAUGGUCCAUGCUACUAGUAAUGGCCAGGCUGUCGGGGUGGGUCCAGAACUAGAACAGACACCUGCCCCAACAUCCACAGAGCCCAGCAAAUCUCCAACUCCACGAGCUAAAUCCCCCAGUCCCACGGUCUCCCAGCCCCAAGCCCAGCUCCAGGCCCAGCCUCAAACUCAGCGUCCUGCCAGUCCAGCCCAAGAGAAGAGUCUGGCUCAGGGAAGCUCCGAGGAGGAUGUGGAUCCAUACACAGUGACCCUGCCCCCAGCAAUGUUGUCCUCCAGUGAUGAGGAAACUAGAGAGGAGCUACGUAAGAUUGGAGUUGUUCCACCACCGGAUGAGUUUGCUAAUGGGCUGCUGGCACAGGCACAGGGGACACCUGUGUCUCCAACUAAACCUGCCUCCGUUCCCACUACCCCUCCAACACCCACACCCCAGACUCCCUCAACCCCAACAACCCCAACUGUGACCCCCACCCAGCCUCAGCCUCCCCAGCCGGCACCUCCACCCAGUGCAGCAGCUGUCUCAGGGAAGCCAUCUGACCCUCUGGAGCCCCCACCGGUGGGCGAGUCUGGCUCUGCGGCUGACUCAGGCGUGGAGGAGGCUGACACGCGCAGCUCCAGCGACAGAGAGCGAGACCACCAUCUUGAGACCACCAGCACCGUCUCCACGGUUUCCAGCAUGUCCACAUUGUCCUCAGAAAGCGGCGAGCCUGCCGACACACAUACCACGCACACCUCCUAUGCUGACGGGCAGACUUUUGUGCUCGACAAGCCGCCAGUGCCUCCUAAGCCCCGACUCAAGUCCCAGAUAGGAGGCAGUAAAGGCCCCGUCACCUUCAGGGACCCUCUGCUAAAGCAGAGCUCUGACAGCGAGCUGCUAUCACAACAACAGGCUGCCGCCCUGGCUGUUGCUGCAGCUGGAGGAGCUGGGCUGCCCUCAGGUGGUUCAGCCUCAGUGACUGGACUAGCCCCCACCAAGCCACGCUACCUCUUCCAGCGGAGGUCCAAGCUGUGGGGGGACCCAGUGGAACCUCGCGGGCCAGGGGUGGGGCUAGGUAUUGGGAGUUUGGGCAAUCUUGGUGGGCUGGGACUGGGACUGGGUGUAGAUGAGGGAGCAAAACCAUCUGUUAUGGGGGAGCUCAGUUCACGACUACAGCAGCUAAAUAAAGACACUAGGUCACUGGGAGAGGAACCACUGGGAGCAUCACUUGAUCCGGGGAGGAAGUCACCCGUGGCAGGUGCCAGACUUUUCAGCAGCCUAGGCGAGCUCCACACCAUUUCUCAGAGAAGUUAUGGCACCACAUACACCAUCCGCCCUGGAAGCCGAUACCCUGUCACCCGACGCACCCCAAGCCCAGGUUCAGGCUCACCUGAUCGGGGCGACCCUCUUGGACGAUUCUCAAGCUUCGGCCUACCGACCUCACCGACAACACCGCCACAAACCAUCCUCAAAUCCUCUAGCCUCAGCCUACCCCAGGAGCCGAAAGAGGUCCGCUUUGUAAUGAGGAGCUCCAGCGCCCGUUCCCGCUCUCGUUCCCCAUCCCCAUCACCUUCUCAUUCCCCCGGGCUGGGGUCACCACUUUUAGCCCUCCGGCCCUUCCACCAGAAACCCCUCCACCUCUGGAAUAAGUACGACGUCGGCGACUGGCUGGAGAGCAUCAAUCUGGGGGAGCACAGAGCAGGAUUUCAGGAACACGAGAUCGAAGGCUCUCACCUCCCAGCUCUAACUAAGGAUGACUUUGCAGAGCUGGGAGUGACGCGAGUCGGACACCGCAUGAACAUUGAACGAGCACUAAAACUGCUGCUAGAGAGCUGACCCCUGCCCUGAGACACAGCAACAGAUGGGGAGAAAGACGAAGAUAGAAUGGGCAAGAUAACAGUGUUGAUGAAAGAGAAAGGAUAGGGGCCGCUCCUCUUUUACUCUGGCUGCUUUUAUGUUCUGCAUCACAAAUGUUUACCUGUGUACCUUAGCGACACUUUAUGUUCCCUUUCUGCAUAAAUACCCUGCACUUGGCACUGCACUGAAGAGGAGGAGUCAAUACAUUCGUUCCCCUCUACUCGGCCCUUAGUGUCUGCCCACCUCCUUGCCUGCAGCCAAUUAGAUCAGACCUCAAAACAGGCUCUGGUCUUUCUUUGCCGAGGAGAAUCGCAUGAGCUCCAAUUAAAACAUUUGAUUUGUGAAAGCUUCAGUUGUUCCCUUAGUAACACCCACACUUUCUCUCUCACUAUUCCCUCCUCUCCUCUCUACCUCUAUCCCUCCAUCUAUUAGGCCUCUGAAAGCCUUUUGCAGUUUGAGUAAAGGAGGAGGAGGAAGAAUUUUUGUUCCAAACAGAAAGCUCAGUUGCCUUUCAAAAUAUUUAUACAGAGAUCAACAAUGAUGAACACAGGACUACGGACAUACUGCAGACACAGCUCUGAAAAGGUGUGUCUUCUCUAUACCUGCUGUAGUUUUUAAACCGAAGACUUUCGAGCCCAGAGGUGGAGCUCCACCAAGUAAACCACGGGAGAAAACCCCUCCGCCUUGGUACCCAGACUGUGCUAUCUAUUAUAUUUGGAGAAUGUUUAAUCAACACUCGUGGCUUUUUUCAUAAUCAAUUUUUUGGUUUUCCAAAGGGAAUAUUAUAUAUAGGUAUUAUAUAAUAUGAUAUAUAUGUAUCUAAAUAUAGCUUUCAGAAGAAAAGACAAUGUUGCAAAGAGGAAAUGUAAUAAAUUAAUCUUAGCCUGUUUUUGGUUUUUAGUAUAGAAGGCAGAGAGAAAUCUUUAAAUUUAUUCCACCAAUAGUUUACUCAUUUCUACCAAUUAUAUACAUAUAUAUAUAUAUAAAUAUAUAAAUAUAUAUUUGAAAUUUAAAAAAAGUAUAUAGAUAUGGAAAUGAAAUUUUUGUCAUAGGUAUACAACUUUCCUUAUGGUCACCCUUUCUUGAACCGUAGCAUGACGAGUUGCAUCAUGUCUUGGACAGAGAGUUUGAUGUUUGUUUUUAUUUUCUUACGGUCUUCCUUCAUACUAAAGGGCAUCCCGUAAUGUGAGGCUGAGACCCCAGUUGACACCCAUCCCUACCGCUUCAGCUACAGCUCUCACUGACGUGGUUCUCUGGCCCUACUUUAUCCACAACAGCGUACAGUAAGGACCACCUAAUGAGACAGCUAAUUGGUAAAAGGGGCUCUUCAUCUUUUGCCUGUUUAUCACUCAGGGAUGGAAGUUUGGGGCACUAGCAUGGAGAUGUUGUUGGCUGUUGUUUUAUCACUAUUCAUUUCAAUUCUUACCUGUGAGGACAAUUUAACACCACCACAGUCUGUAAAAAAAAACAAAAAACAAAAACAAACGUUAGUCGGCUAGUAAAAUUUCCAUCCCUGCAACCACUGAUGAUGCUUCUCAGACCAGGCUGCACAAGGUCGUGACAGAAGGAAACACUGGGAUGUUUCUCAUCACCAGUAGAGAGGAAAUUAUCUUUUUUGCUGCAGAAGGAAACCAAGUGUGUGUGUGUGUGUGUGAGCCUGGUCAAAUUAAAGGGAUAGUUUGGACUUUUUGAAGUGAGGCUGUAUGAGGUAUUCAUCUGCAGUCAGUGUAUCACAUACAGUAGAUGGCGAUCUCUAUGUUUCCUGUUUGGAGAGGCAGGCGGGAGUAUCACCACGAAGCUCAGCAAUGGACUGUCGUGGUUGGGGUCAGCAGCCAAAUGUAUUUCAGCCACUAAAAAAAGCCUACAUAUAAAAAAAUCAAUAUUAGUCUAAGUGGAUGCUAUACUGAGAAUAUUUCCACCGCUCUGUCUUGCCAUCAGACAGCCCUUUCCUUCAGCAUUACAUUUUCUCAGCCGUAGAACUUAUGUAUUCCUACGCAUAAGCACAACUGUGCAGCGCACUGUGUUACACUGUAGGUCAGCCUGAAAUGAAACAUCACUUUUCUAAAGAUUUUUUCUAAAGAUGUCAUGCUUGUUUUGGGGGGCUGCUCAAACAAAUAAAUGAAAAUAGUUGUGGCCAGUUACACUGAAUAUAGACAUCAACACACACAGACUGAGACAGCUCGACGUUUACACUGAACAUUUCUCUUAAGAGGAUUAUGAAAAACCGCUGCUUAAGAAGCCAGAGAGACACUUGCUGAAGAGCACGGCUGUACCCAACCUCCUGGUAAAAUUAAUACCUACAAAUAAAUAAAACGACUCACCGAACAACCUGUAAAGUGUGAAGCGCUGGCGGCAUCCGAUUUAGAAGGAUCAUAAGGUUGUGUUGUAACCAGUUCCAGGCAGCAGCAGCUCUCUGGGUCCAUGAGCACGGGUUUACAGUUUACACAAUCGGCUUGUGCUCUAUCUUUGCAACCAGUUUUCACACAAGUUUCGCCUCUCUUUCUUUUUCGGUCUGUUGCAAAAGUUCUUCUCUAUAUUCUGAUUUAUUAAGGUAUCCAUUUGUCCCCACACGACACUUGGUCUUUGCUAAUCACUCAGUUCUUUUAUUUUCUUGUGUUUGUUGUGUCUUCCCUAAACCACUGAACGUCUGACCCAAACUGCUGACCUGCAGUGUAAUACAGUGCACAGAGGACUUAAGUUUAUGGAGGGCUAAAGUUCUAUGGUUGAGAAAAUGUAGUGCCAAAGACAAGGCUGUCUGUCGGCAGGGUAAAGCAGUAAAAAUAUUCUCAAUAUAGUGUUAACUUCAACUGAUAAUGAUCUUUUUUAGGUAGGCCUUUGUGCAAGAGGUUAAAAUGUGUUUUGCUGCUAACCCAUCUGUGUCGCUACUCUCGUUUUUCUCACUAAACUGGGAGCAUACUGACCACCAUCUUCUGUGGGUAAUACACUGUCAAUGGGUGAGUACCUCACACAGCCCCACUUCAAAAAAUCCAAACUAUGCCUUUAAGCUUAAACUGAAGCAAAGCAAAUGUUUGUUAUCCUUAAAACCUACUUUUACCUGGAGUGUAAUCAACAGAAACUUGUCAUACACGGGCUGAAAUGAGCUAGAUGUAAAGUAUGUGCCCUUCUGAAAUGCCACUGCAGAAAAUGUGUCUGUAGUUUAUCAGGCUGUGGGGAUGGGAACGCCUCUGUAAGGUCUUAAAGGAAAUUCAGUAUUUUACAACCUGGCAGUGUCUUGGUACGUCGCUGCUUCCCUCUAUCUCUACGAUUUACUUAGUGAGUAAAGUAUUAUCAUGAACGGUGGCAGCCGGAACUCUAAAAAUAAGACCCAGGUUGUAAAAAAGAAACAACUGAAUUUUCCUUUAACAAUACAAAAUCUGCAAUUGUACUCAUGAGUAGCUUCUGCUGGCAGUGAGAAACAGUGAGUUUUAUUCACGCAACAAAAAAAGCAUUUUAUCCAUAGCUUUUCUCGAACAGACGGCCAGGUAAUCUUUAUUACCACUAAAAAAAACCUCCGUACAUCAGCAGCAACCAGUCAGUAUGCCAAGGCAGUUUCACUUGGUGAGGAGUUGUGUGCAUCUUUUUUUUCUUUUCUCUCUUUUAUGCUAGCAGUUUAUAAAAAAAAAACAAAUAAAAAAAGAAACGGGUGGUAAAUAUAACGUCGUAUGUGGGUUGUAGGAAUAGCACUCACUGCCUCACUGUGACCUCACUGAUUAUUUUACUUCUGACUCCAGUGUUACAGUUUGUCCUCAGACUCAUUUGGACUUUUUGUGUUUAUUGUUCUUUUUCUAUUACUUUUUUGUUUUUUCUUUCUCUCUUUGAUUUGUUACCCUCGGACACUGUGGGUAGAUUUUGUAGCGUGUGGAACAUGAUACUUAAAUCUUUCACUCAUUUGAAUUUUAGAGUGACAGAAAAAAAGACAGAAAAAAAUGAAUAUCCUGUCCAUUCUCAACGUACUUACACUUGUAAAAAUGAACAAACUACAAAAAAUUUCUUUUUUUUAAAUCACAAGCAAUGUAUAUAUGAUAGAUUUCAUAUAAAUUUUUGAAAAACAAAAAGUAUAUAGAUCUAUAUAUGAAUGUUUGGCAUAUAUGCAUAGUUAACCACCUGUGGAAAAGGUGAGCAGAUUUUAUUCUUUCUAUGAACUCUUGAACUUUUGAACUCUGAACUAUGAACUAGGGGAUGAUUUGCACAAAACAAGGUGACAAGGUGCUAACAUAAAAGCCACCCAUCGUCCAAGCGCAUGCGUGCAUCUGGAUUCCCCGAAUCUCUGUGUGGUCGUUCCUCUUCACCAUGCGUGUGUGACUGUGCGUGUGUGCAAAUGCUUGUUUGUUUCCAUUUUUUUGAGUGUAUCUGUGAGAGCGACGACGAGGAUGACAGUGAGAGCGCGUGUAUGGUUGAUUGUUAGGGUUCACAUCUUUGGAGCUAGUCCACUAUAGCCUUACUGUAUUACCAUCAGAGAUUCCCGGCAGUGGCUGUGUCACACAAACACGCACACACACAAUACAUACACACACACACACACAAACAGAAAAAUGCACACACAUUCAUCUUCUAUUCCAGAUUUGAACUUCAUUGUUCUGCACUGUUGUUUUGUACCGAGUGACGUCUUCAGAAAGUGGACUGCUCUGCCCAAAGGGAGAGACAGACAGACAGACGGAGAGACAGACCACCACAGGGUAUUGAACGAAACCAUUGUCACAUUUUAUAUUGCAAGACAACUAUGACUCACCUUGUAACUGUGUAGGUACAGCUUAUGCAGUGUCACUGUUUUGUACACACAUUUCCAGAUGGCAUUUGCGCUCCUUACCCUCCACUCUGUCUGGCAGCACUCCUUUUUCCUUUUUCAGACCUUCAGUUUCUGAGUUUUGGAUAUGCUAUGUGAGGUGAUCCAGUGAGGAACAAACAACACAAAGGAAAAAUGUGCCAAAAAAUAACUUAACUUUUAACUGUAUAUUUGUCUUUGCUUUAGGACUAUCUUAGUUACAGCAUUCUUGAGCUGUUAGACUCAAUAAUAUGGUGCCAUCUCCUGGAAAUCUUGAGAACUACAGACAUUUGUUAGAUCCUUCUGUUAUUAUUUUGUAAAGAAGCAGGCUAUUGUUUAUGAAUGUAAACAAUAGCCUGUGUAUAUCUACCUGUGAGCUUUGCAUUAACAUUUCUAUUUAAAUUUUGAGACAAAUCACAUCACGAUUGCUUGAUUUUACUGUGAUGAAGGUUAUUAUCCAGCUUGACUUACUGUUCCCAUAUAAAUACAAACACGAGGGGUGAACGUGUACAGUCUGGACUCACACAGGCUGGCCUGCUUAGAAGAAACAAUGCUGUAGUGAAUAUCUGGUCCAGAUGGUUGUGUAAGUUUACCACAAAUACAGAUGCAAAAUGCAACAUGUAACAGACUUACACAUCAUUAGGUCAAAUAAGUUCAGUGAAGGGUUAUCUUUGUCUUAUUUUCUAAUCAACAAAGCACAAUCUAAAUAGUGUAGGGGGAGCAGUGUAACCUUUUUAAAACCCACUGGGGUCUGGUCACCCACUGGAACCAGUGAUCUUAUCAUCAAAGGGGUUUUUUUCUUUCAUUGUUGGUUUUCUCCUUGUUUGCACUGUGAAGUUUAGAAUGGUGGAUGUAUCACUGCAACGCCUCAGCCUUGUCUCACAGGUGAACUUCCCCUUCUCAGCAUCUGCUGACCAGGCAAACCAUCUACGACUUCUAUCCCGGCAACUUCUGGACGCUUGGAGCAUUAGGAAUCCCCCUACAUUUUAAUACACGAAAGCCCUAGUCGAAAUAAAAGUUCACCAGAAGCUACCUAGUAUUCUUCAUGCAAACAGAGUAAGGGUGAUAGUGAAAGCUGAGGCAAGAUCUGAGAUGUUGCCCAGGAUAUCUCCACCACAGAGAUAUAUGUUUGUUAUAUUAUGUAAUAAAUUUAUAAUUAAAACAUGAACUUCA